AGCCAACUGAGAAGGCGACGCCGCCACCGCUGUUAGUUGAACUUCACGCGUCGCCGGGAGUGCCGGGAAGUGAACAAUCGCUGACGAUCAGAAAUCUAAAAUAAUUACAGCGAGUAGGGCCGUGUAGAGAGCAGAAACGGGCAAUGUAAAUUCCCCCACCAAACGCUAGCUGAUAGUGCACGGCAGCGGAACAGUGUAGUCCCGCAACUGAGAAUUUUGUACGUGUAUAUCUUCUGUUUUCAAGGUCCGUGAAAAGCGCAUAUGGCUGGGAACUAGAAGAUUUACAAAAUGCGAUUCGACUCAAAAACUUAAAAUGUCAAUGUUUUGAAAAGUUUCAAAUAAAAUUGCUUGAAAUAGCACUAUUUAACGCAGUUAAACUCAACUGAGCCCAGCGCCAGUUUUUCAGUGUAAUAUAUGAGGGAGAGUAACCCUACAACUACAACGAACGGGCGCUUCGCUUUGAUAUCUCGGAACGUACAUCCAUACAAAUGUAUGUAUAUAGCUAUGUGCAACAUCAGCAGCUGAGUAGAAAGAUAUGUGAGAAAGAGAGCCGCUGUCGAAAACAUUACGCAUUGCCAAAGUCAAACCUGCUGAUAAGCACUAACACAUCAGCAAAACAUGAAAGCAAUUCCAUUGCCUAUUAUUCAGCUGCUUAGUACCAGAAUUCUGAAAAUUUGUGGUGUUUUGUUAUGUGUUUACUCAAUGCAGCUCACGCACGAGGAUCAACUGAAAUAAUAAUAGUAUAGUUUACCAAUUGACACCAAAUACCAUGUCAAAAUAUCAAAAGCUUGACAAUGCAUUCUUACCCAACUCUCACGAUGACGACUCUGAAGGGGGUUUCCCGGCUUAUUUUGAUGAUAAUCAUCAAAAUACGGACCUGCAACAGGAUCCAGGUAUUAGAAAUGAUCGGCUGCCAGAUUACGAAGACAGAUAUUACAAAGUAUACAACAACGUGGAUAGGGAGGUGGUGAUAAUUGGGUCAAAUGUCGUCCGAGUUCCACAGGAGCAAACCUGGGAGGUGCCACUGUUGGGCGACUGUGGCGACGGUGCGAGGAACCAGAACUCGGAAACGGAGAUUGAUAUGCAGCAUGAGUGCUGCAAUCAUCAACCAGGGUUCGGGGCCAACCCAAAAAGCAAAUCUGCACAGGAGGCCAAAUAUAAAAUUAUGCUCGCAGUUUCCCUGUGUUGUGUAUUUAUGAUCAUUGAAUUUCUUGGCGGCUAUAUAGCCGGAAGUCUGGCCAUAAUGACGGAUGCCGCCCAUUUGGCAUCUGAUUGCAUUAGUUUCGUCAUCGGUCUAGUCGCCAUAUGGAUAGGGAGUCGCCCGCCCGACGAGCGUAUGUCCUUUGGGUACAAACGCUUUGAGGUUAUCGGAGCUGUGGCAUCUAUCUUGGGAAUCUGGUUCGUAACUUUCCUGCUUGUGGUUGUGGCUAUUCAGAGGAUCUACUCCCAGGACUUUGAACUAAAUGCCGAUAUGAUGAUGCUCAUUUCAGGCAUUGGCAUUGCCAUAAAUAUCGUAAUGAUGUUUGUUUUGCAUGGAUCCUGGUUCGUCAGCGGGAAUGGACAUGGCCACAGUCACAGCCAUAGUCACGGAAACGGACAUGAGCCAAAUAAUUGUCCAUCACAAACACGUUCCAACUCCUACAUGCUUACGGCGAGCGGAAGUCAAAGCUCUUUAACAGCGGAAGAGGAACAUUCAAUAAGUAAAGAAAUAAAUUCAAACGAGCAUACGAUUUUUAGUACAAAUGGGGAAAAAGCACAUCAGGCUGGGACUUCAAACAUGCAGCUGGCGCACGAGGAGAAAAACCUAAACCUGCGUGCCGCAAUGAUUCAUGUGAUUGGAGACCUAGUGCAGAGCAUUGGCGUUUUUUUGGCCGCCGUCCUAAUUAAAGUUUAUCCAGGUGCCAAAUAUGCUGAUCCACUGUGUACUCUCAUUUUUUCAAUUAUUGUAUUAAUGACUACCCUGCGUCUGUUUCGGGAGUCUAUGGGCAUCAUCGUGAAUGCAGUUCCACAAAACCUUAAUAUGCGCACCCUGUAUUUGGAGCUGGGCAGCCUCGAAGGUGUCAGAUCUGUGCACCACCUAAACGUGUGGCAACAAACCACCCAGCAAAGGGUUCUGAUGGUGCAUCUCGUUACAGACUCUCGAGCUGACGGCAAUGUAGUACUGCAGACGGCCACGAAGCUCGUCUCUGGCCCAAAAUAUAACGUCAAGCAUGCAACUAUUCAAAUAGAACCUAAAACUGAGUAGUCGUUAUUAAUGCAAUUAACUUCUGAUCCACAAAAGAAUCGAAGCCAUUUAGCCGUUUUAUCAAACCAUGUUUUUUUACUUUGUAUUUAUUGCUUAUAGAUUGCUUGUGUAUAAUAGCAUUUAUUGUUAAGCAUUCAGUGAAAUUACCCCAAAGAAAGUAUUUUAUUUGACUUUUAGAAUUAAUUUAUUCGAUCUGAACCGAAACGCACCAAAUACACUUUAGAAAAGAAUUUAA